AUGGAAGUUGGGGCUGAAAUAGCACGUAUAAUUAUUGAGAGCAGAACCACUGGGGUUUUAAAGGAUGAGGAGAGCUUGGUAAAUGCUAAUGUUAAAGAAGCUGAACAUCUUUUGUCUGUCGAAAAACCUGUCAGAAUUGAAACACUCCUGGUCCAUGAGCGGUGUGCUCGUACUGGUGUUCGUUGUGAGGGUGUUCUACCAGUUGAAACGUGGACUAUCAAACAGAGGCUCAACCAAUGCUCAAAAAAGCUCGCUAAGUUCUUAAUUGUGCUUACGAAAUUGAAGGCUUUGGAUCCACUCUUUCUGAAAAAUGCUGUGCGUUCCCAACUCCACUUUUCUCAAUUAAAUUCUUGGAUGAUAAAUAAUGGUGGUAAACUACCUAACGGUCUAGUAUCUGUAUUCAGAAUACUUUGUGAUGAGUUUGUGGAAAAUUGCUGCGAAAAGAAUAGAAUUUCGAAGGUGGACGGCGAGUUUACUGAAGAACACUUUUUUCCAGUUGUAAAAUGCGAGCCAUCGUCUUUGCUGAUAGUUUCAGUAAAAUGUAUGAAGUUCUAUUCGCUUCCUUCAUUACCUAGUUGUUCACCAAUCAACGAAAGCAGCUUGCAAGAAUUGUUGGAGAGUGGAUGCAGUGGAAAGUCCUUGAGUAUGACCGACCAGUUGCUUAAUGAGUCGUCUACCUCGUCAAAAUACGGUAUCGAAUCGUUCAUUUUUCUGCAACAAUUUUCACGAAUAAACUGUCUUGAUACUGAAGAUAUAUUAAAGAAACCUCCAGUAAAAGGAAGUUUUUUGGUGAAAGCAUUUUUGAUUUAUGCAGCACAACACAAGAAGUCUUGGCGAGGCGACGAAGAUGGUAAUCUAAGCGACAAUAAAAAGGCGAAACGAGUGAAAAGUAGUUCGACGGCUAGCGGGUUACUGUGUAAUUUUGAAGAAAGUAUAUUGAAUGGUCGUUUGAAACCGUUUGCUUCUGUUAAGGGAUUUCAAUUGCAAAUUACUGCUACUGGGUCAUUUUGUGCGCCUCACGUAACCCUUGCAGUUGAAACAUUCUUCUUCAGCUUUUCCGAUGACAAUGCUCCGUCGCUGAACUUUAUUCCAAAUCGGCCUUUGUCAGUCUUACAAAUUCGAAGAGUACUGAGAUUUAAAAUUGAACGUAUUGUGGGAAAAAUGGGUAGGAAACGGUUUUUUGGGGGAGGUAGGUACAGAUUAUUCAGCUUUCGUUUUGGAGGAACUGGAAAGGGCAAAUGUUCUUUGGAAGAUCUUGGCUGCAAAGGUUACCGUAUACCUAAAAGAGGAGUAAUACAAGCGACCUUAUUCAACCCACAAGGAACUGUUGUUUGCCUUUUUGUUGUGCGUUUUGACGUUUCUGAAAUGCCACCAUCUUGUCGAACUUUCUUGCGUCACAGGCAGUUUUCCACGCCUCCAGAUUGUUCAAAUGACCAAAUUAGUCGCUCGUGGCUCAGAUACCUUAUACAUUUCAGGCAAGCAAACUUUUACCUUUCUGGUCUUGCUUUUAGUUGCACACUUGCGACAGAUCGAAGGUGUAAUUUAUUCAUACACAGU